GAUGAGGGUGUUAUUCUACGUGUCCAUACUUGUGAUCAUAGCUUCUGUCCAUACGCAACUUAUUUCGGUUCAUGUGAUAUUCCGCCAUGGAGCUCGAGCACCGGUUCUCAACGUCACAUCGGAGGAGGCAAAGUCUUAUUUUUACCGUGGUUUGGGACAACUGACAGAUGAAGGUUUCGAGCAAGCAAGACUGAUGGGUAAAGUACUUCGUGAUCGAUAUGUUAACUCUUUCGUUGAUGCGAGAAUGCUCUCAUCGCAAUUAUUGUUUCGGAGUAGCCCUGUCGAGCGAUGUUUGAUGACUCUUCAAACGGUCGGAAAUACAAUGUUUCCGAAUGCUACGCCUCCGGUGCAGACUGUAGCUAAACCGGAUGACUUUUUACUCGUUCCCAAACUUGAUUGUGACUUUCAACUAGGAGAAUGGGACAACUAUUUCAACCUAACAGAGUCAGAUAAGAAGAUGGCUAGAAAAAAUCCAUGGUUUGUCAGUGACAAGGCCUUGAGAAAGGCAGUAACUAAAACUGAUUUUCUCCAAGAUAGAGGAGGUGAAAAUCUGCCAGCACUAAUUUUGGAAAAAGAAGCCGGAUUAGCAGUUCCAUCGUGGUUCAAUGAAGGUGCUUAUAAAGAAUCGCUUCAUGUAUUUUAUAGUGCGCUCGCAGUUAUGUCUUCAGUCGGUGAAUACAAAAGCUCCAAAGGAAUCCGAAUUAAAUCUGGACUUUUGAUGGAGAAAGUGUUCAAUGACAUUCAAGAAAAAGUGCGCUGUCAUGAGAAAAAGGAAGUUUCAAAUAUUAAAUGCGACAUUCACAAGCUACAAGUUUUCAGUUCUCACGACUUACUAAUUCUUCCAAUUCUGGAAACUCUUGGAAUUCGUGAAGAAGUUUUGGGAAAAGACAUGCCACCAGAGUUCAUGUCAACAAUAAUUAUUGAAACAAUGAUAGUUGACAAUUCUCCAGUGGUAAAAGUGCUUUUCCGAAAAAACCCUCGAGAAAUUACAUUACGCGAUGUCACCGGAUUUGUCAAAAAUUGCCCUCCCGGCCAGCCGCUUUGCCCAGUUCAGCGAUUUACUUCUUGUUGUAACGAGUUUAUCACCUCGGAUCCAAAAUCAGAAUGUUAUGCAGAAACAACAGUUGAAAAACAAAGUGAAUGGGUAAUGACCCCACUUUCAUGGAUAAUUGUUGCAAUUGCGAUACUUCUUUUAAUUGCUUUAAUACUCAUGACUUAUUUUGUAAUUCGUUACAAGAAUCGAUCGAUUGUGAAUAUCAAAAAACUUUCCUUGGAAAACUAACAUAUCAAAAAAAAAAAACGUUCAGUGCUCAGGUUUGCUGUUCUCUAAAGAAGUUGAUACAAAAAAUGAAAAAUAAUAAAAUUUUAUUAACUUUG